AUGGAUUUCAUUGAGUAUGCUAUACCGUGUCCAAAAAAUAGUAAUGCAUCUAAAUUUCUAAUAAAGUUUACUUCUAAGGCACUAAAAAAUAUUGAACUUGUUGAUUUAAUCACAGAUCGGUACUUAUGGCCAUACAGUGACCAAUUAAAAGAUCAGAUGACUAAUAUUAUGGCGUUUGAAUGGUCCCCAAGUAAUUUAAUCCACAAUAAGCAGAGUGUUCUAGCAAUCCUAAAUUCAGUUGGGAAUGUGGAGUUCUUUGGACUACAUAGGAAACUAUGGAUAAGCCUUAUAGACUUCUCAAGUGUUGUAAAACAAAGCCAAAUGAUAAAAGAAGAAUUUGUUCAACCUAAAAGUUCCAUGGCAAUGGAGAGAUUGAGGGAUAUUGUCUAUAGUCUAACAACUAGCGCCAUUUGUUGGGCUCCAAAUAUAAACGAAGAUGGCUCAUGUUAUUUUGUUACAGCUCAAAGAAAUAGUACUAUAAUUAUUUGGAAUGUGAAAUGGCUAAACAAUAAUUUUGUAGUUGACAAAAUUGGAAUUAUUCUGGCAGAUACAGAGGAAAUAACAUCAUUAGUUUGGAUACCAAUAACAGAUGAUACAUUCUUUUUUAUUUAUGCAAACAUAUUAGGUGAGGUAGUUGGGAAAACUUGUAAAAUAGAAAAAAAUAAAUUAGAUGAAAUAAGUACAACUGUCUUGUGGAAGUACAAAGAUAGGAUGGUGCCAAGAGACAUUAAUUACAUUAUGGUUAAGGAGCAACUAACAGUUAUAUAUUCCAAACACAGACAUUUAGUUGUUCAAGUGUUUGACCAAAAUUUGAAAUUAUUAUAUGAAGCUGUCAAAAUAAUUAAUGAUGAUAAAAUUACAGUAGUAACAAAAGUCAAGAAUGAUUUCUUUAUAGGUACUGUUAGCGUAAAAAUAUAUAAGGUAAAUUCUAGUAUAAGCAAUAAUGAAUUGAAAAUAGAAUUUAAACAAAUACCACUUAAGGAGACCUAUGCAAAUCAUGAGCUUUAUGGUCUUGCCUUUUCUCCACAAAGUGUACUCUGUCACAUGAUUCUCUUAGAUAGAAAAGUUAAUUAUAGGAAAGAACAGCUCCAAAUGCUUAUUGCAACUUUCAGUUUUGAAGAUACAUGUGAAGAAAACAUCCUAAUAAACAACAACUCAUCUGCCAGAUUGACAAAUAUGUGGGAUUGUCUUGAACUACUACGAUACAGAACUAUGAAAUUGAAGAAACUACCAAAUUUAGACUAUAAAGAGUUCUAUGAGAGUGCCAAGAGCGAUAUCUACAAAAUGAAAAUUUAUUUAGCAUUUGUUAAACUUAACCGCAGUUUGGAUGGUAUUUUAAAAAACUUGUCCAAGGGCAUGUUACCGGAGACCUCAAUUGACAUUGUCCAAGAUGAAUUACUGGUUUUGCAUGCAUCGUCUGUUUUAAAAACAUUAUAUAAAAAGCAGAGAAGCAAUGAUCUAAGUCCCUUAGAAAAUGAGUGGUUAUUUGGUUGCUGCAACUACCUCAAGUAUUAUAGCAAAAAGUAUGACAAGCCAGUAGAGAAACUAAUUUUGAACAGUCUUUGGAAUGAUGUAUCUAAGUUUUGUAAAUCCAAAUUGAGCAGAUACACUUGUCAGUUCUGUGAUGAGAAAAUUGAUGGAUUUACAUGUGAAACUGGCCAUGCAAAUACAUUUUGUAUGGUCACAUUUACUCAAAUAAACAGCUUGGAAUACUUAGAGUGCAAGAGUUGUGGUUCAUUAGCGAGAGAGGAAUUGUAUGAGUUAAAACCUGUUUGUGUCUUUUGUGAUACAAACCUUGAGUUUCAUAAUAAUUUAUAG